UGGAGGAGCUAUUGAUGGAUUAAUCUGACGGGGGGGAGAGUCGUAUGUGACUCCCGCUGCUGCCGAGGGCACCCGAAUGGAGUAACAGGCUGCAAUGUCAUCUCCACCUGGCCGCCUGGAGAGAUGUGUCACGGGAAUGGGAUCAAGUUUGAACACUUUUGCUCCGGUUUCGUUGACGCAGUGAGAAGGAACCGAAAUGCCAGUGAGCGGACGGGUCACGGUGGCUGCGCGCACGGGCGCUCGCGCCGCGGCAGCACAGCGCAGCAUUCGCCGGCGCACGGACUCCGCAGACGGAGGCGCAAAACCCCCGCGACCGCAAACCCGCCGCAGCCGCGCUUUGUGACACCGAAGGGUAUGAUGGGCGUAGUGGGCUGGAUGUUACUCCUACUCUCCCAAAUGUUGGUGCCUGUGGCGUCUCAGAAGCCUCCAGGGCUCAGUGUGGGUGUGAUCAUGGGCCAGACUCGGCCCGUUUCCGAUCAGGAGCUCCUGCCGCCUCGGCGCCCCGACGAUGCCCUUGACAUCUCCGUGGUAGCACUGAGGAUCAACGAGACGGACCCAAAGUCUGUGAUUACACAGGUGUGCGAGCUUCUGUCACGCAGCCGCCUCCAUGGCAUCGUGUUUGCCGAUGGCACAGAUCAGGAGGCCAUUGCCCAGAUCCUUGACUUCCUGUCCGUUCAGACACAGCUUCCAGUUCUGGGAGUCCACGGAGGCUCAUCGAUGAUAAUGGCUGACAAGGACGAGAAGUCCACGUUCUUCCAGUUCGGCGCGGCCCUGCAGCAGGAGGCCCUGCUCAUGCUCUCCAUCAUGGAGGAGUACGACUGGCACGUUUUUUCCAUCGUCACGUCAAAGUUCCCCGGGUACCAGGACUUCAUCAGCACGCUGAAGAUAACUGUGGAUCACAGCUUUGUGCGCUGGGACCUGCAGAGUGUGGUGACUCUCGAUGCCGUAGACGGCGACCCGAACUCUAAAUCACACAUUGCCCUCAAGAGGAUUCAGAGUCCUGUUAUUCUGCUGUACUGCUCCAAGGACGAGGCUCUGUAUAUAAUGGAGGAAGCUCGCUCCCUGGGCCUGAUAGGAGCCGGGUACAUCUGGAUCGUGUCCAGUCUUACCACCGGCAACCCAGACUUCACCCCCGAGGUGUUUCCCCUGGGUAUGAUUUCCGUGUCCUACGACGACUGGGAGUACCCGCUGGAGACGCGGGUGCGGGACGGAGUGGGCAUCAUUUCGUCUGCAGCCACCUCCAUGCUGCGGGAGAAAGGGGAGCUGCCGGAGGCCCAGAGCAGCUGCUACAGCACAGCGUCAGACAGGAGCCCCGGGAAGCUCCCACCUAGUGCCCUGCGGAGACACAUGAUGCAUGUGUGGAAUGAAGGCCGAGACUUAUCGUUCACGCCAGAUGGUUACCAGGCCAACCCCAAAUUGGUUGUCAUCGUCCUGAAUAGUGAAAGGAAGUGGGAGAAGAUGGGCCGCUGGGAAAACGGGACUCUGGCGCUGAUGUUCCCCGUGUGGCCGAGGUACAACUCCCACGGGGAUGAGGACGCGGACGAGAACCAUCUCUCCAUCGUCACCCUGGAGGAGAAACCUUUCGUCAUCGUCGACAACGUGGACAUCCUCACCGGCACCUGCAUGAGAAACUCUGUGCCCUGCCGCAAACAUGUCAAAGAUAACAGCACGUCGGGAGGCUCCUACAUCAAGCAGUGCUGCAAGGGCUUCUGCAUUGACAUCCUGAAGAAGAUAGCGAGGAACGUCAAGUUCACGUACGACCUCUACCUGGUCACAAACGGGAAGCACGGCAAGAAGAUCAACAACAUGUGGAACGGCAUGGUUGGAGAGGUGGUGUACAAGAAGGCGGUGAUGGCGGUCGGCUCGCUGACCAUCAACGAGGAGAGGUCCGAGGCCAUUGACUUCUCCGUGCCCUUUGUGGAGACCGGCAUCAGUGUCAUGGUGUCUCGCAGCAACGGCACCGUCUCCCCUUCUGCCUUCCUCGAGCCCUUCAGCGCGUCCGUCUGGGUGAUGAUGUUUGUGAUGCUGCUCAUCGUCACAGCCAUCGCCGUCUUCCUCUUUGAGUUUGUCAGUCCGCUGGGCUUCAACCGCAACUUGGCCCAAGGCAAAGACCCACACGGUCCCUCGUUCACCAUCGGUAAGGCCGUGUGGCUGCUGUGGGGUCUGGUGUUCAACAACUCGGUGCCCGUGCAGAACCCGAAGGGCACCACCAGCAAGUUCAUCGUGUCCGUGUGGGCCUUCUUCGCCGUCAUCUUCCUGGCCUCCUACACCGCCAACCUGGCCGCCUUCAUGAUCCAGGAGGAGUUCGUGGACCAAGUCACUGGGCUGUCUGACAAGAAGUUCCAGAGUCCGUACUCCUACUCCCCUCCUUUCCGCUUCGGCACCGUUCCGAACGGCAGCACCGAGCGCAACAUCAGGAAGAACUACCCGGACAUGCACCAGUACAUGACCAAAUACCAUCAGACGGGCGUCGUGGACGCGCUGGUCAGCCUCAAGACCGGAAAGCUGGACGCUUUCAUCUACGACGCCGCCGUGUUGAACUACAUGGCCGGCAGAGACGACGGCUGUAAGCUCGUGACCAUCGGCAGCGGCUACAUCUUUGCCACCACUGGCUAUGGCAUCGCCCUGCAGAAAGGCUCCUACUGGAAGCGGCUGGUCGAUCUGGCCAUUCUGGGCAUCAUAGGAGACGGUGAGAUGGAGGAGCUGGAGGCCCAGUGGCUGACCGGGAUCUGCCACAGCGAGAAGAACGAGGUGAUGUCCAGCCAGCUGGACGUGGACAACAUGGCCGGGGUCUUCUACAUGCUGGCCACGGCCAUGGGCCUCUCCAUCCUCACCUUCAUCUCCGAGCACCUUUUCUACUGGAGGCUGAGAUACUGCUUCACCGGCGUCUGCACUGGACGGCCCGGUCUGCUCUUCACUAUCAGCAGGGGUAUAUGGAGCUGUAUCCACGGCGUUCACAUCGACAUGAAGAAGAAGGCUCCCGAGCUGGACUUCAGUCCUCAGGCCAACAUGCUGCACCUGCUCAAGUCGGCCAAGUCCAUGGCUCUGUCUUCUCCCAAGCGCAACACGGUUCUCGUGCAGCCCAGCAUCAUGGAUGUGAUGACAGGGAAAGGUAACUCGCUCCAUAGUCUGCCUCCGAAGGGUCCUGGUCUCUAUAGCAACGCCGCCGGUCCGCAGGGUUUCCUGUCAUUGUCCGGGCGACACAAAAACCUCCUCAACAACGCCGCGCCGUUUCCCGUGCAACAAAAAGCCCCCGCGCACCAGGCCAGCCCCGACAAGCCUCAGCUGUCCAUCACCAACGACAACGGGAAGGCCCGCCUGGCGGGGCCGGCCGCCCCCGCGUCGAAGCCCCGAGCGCUGUGGAAGAAGAGCGUCGAGACACUGAAGACGCAGCCCACUGUCACGUCUCCCGGCACGAGCCCCGGCCCCACCCCGGCAUCCGGAGCUGGACCUCCGCCGAUGAAGAGCCAGCGCUACCUGCCGGAGGAGCCGCCGCACUCGGACAUCUCCGAGUGCUCCAGCCGGCCGCAGUCGCACAAGGAUUCCGACUCCAUGGCGGCGCGGGGCGGAUUCAAGCCCGUCAAUCAGCUGAGGAAGAGGGGGGGGGGAGGUGGCGGCGGAGGAUCCAAGAUCUACUCCAUCGACUCUGACCAGGGCAGUCUCCAAUCGGCUCCCACCUACCAGCGAGACAGCCAGGGGGGAGGCGACGACCACAGUUACCCCCCUGACCUGUUUCCACCCGACAGCACAUACUCAGUCACUCACACACUCUCCCACCAGGCGGACGCGCCGAUUCUGCAGCUGAGCGCCAGCCUGCUGCAUCACAGUCACAGCGCCGAGGCCGACCUGCACUCGCUGAAGGACAAGAAGUACAGCACUUACACACACAGCAGUGUGAAGGACAAGGGCGGAGGCUCAUUCGAGGCUCCGGGUUCAGGCCAGGGGACGCAGGGCAUCCGGCCCGGUCACUGUCGCUCCUGCCUGACCAAGCUGAGCGGCUACUCGGGCCUCUACACCGUUCGCUCGCCGCAGGCUCGCUGCGACGCCUGCGCCCACCUGGGGAACCUGUACGACAUCAGCGAAGACCACCUGCACUCGCACUACGCCCACGCGCACACUCACCCGCACGGCGGGGACAUGUUUACACACUACCUGCCCCAGAGCGAGCUGGGCCUGGUGGGCGAGGGGGACGGGCUCGUCAGCCACUUUGAGCCCUCCUCGCCCUCUCCGUCUCCCCUCCCGACCUCCUCGUCGGCGCAGCACCUCCAGCUGAGUCGCCAGCACUCCUAUGAGAACAUGCUUCCAGACAGCGUUCCCGAGCGGCAGUCGCACGCCCACCUGCGGGGGCUGAGCCUGCCCGACAGAGAUAGGGAGCGGGAGCGGGAGAUGACACUGGACGAGGGGGCCUACGCUAAUGUCCUCACGAUGCGCUCCGAUCGUCCGUUCAGCAGCCGCAGCCCCCCCUCUCCGUCACCCUCCCACCACCACAGUCUGGACGCCCCACUGCCCCUCCCCCGGCGCUCAAAGAGUCUCUUCCCCGACCGGCCCUCUCACAACCCUUUCCUGCAGUCGGCCCCCGGCACCACGCAGCGGGAGCCCGCCUCCCAGGCUGUCACGCGCCUGCCACAGAGAAGCUCUGCCCACGAGCUCUAUAAGCAACGAAUGCCGCUGUCGCUUACCCUCGGUAACCACGGCAGCCAUCACAUCAACCAGUAUGGCGGCCAUAUUGACCAACAAGUGUUCUACCCUCAGCAGGAGCCCCCUGUGGUGGCUUACAUGGUCCCACCUGCUGCCUCUCAGCCAAUGAGUUAUGUGACAGCGCCGCGAGCCUCCAGCGCCGGCGGCAACCGGCCCCGGCUCUAUCGCCGCAUGCCCAGCAUCGAGUCGGACGUCUGAGGGCCUCACACAGCACACGUACUCUCACUGACACACGCAUGCAAGAAAGAAAGAGGUGUGUGUGUGUGUGUGUGUGUGUGUGUGUGUGUGUGUGUGUGUGUGUGUGUGUGUGAUUGGACCGGGCAGCUCUGAUUCUAAGCACAUAUACAAAAACACACAUACACACACAGGUGAAAGACGGUGAGGUGCUGCUCUAGACUAAAAAGGUCAAUGGUGAUGCUGAGUAAAUAAAUCACUGUUUCUUUAUCACAGCCUCCGCACGGCAGGGCUGUGGCCACAGGGACACCUGGAGGCACAGAACAAGAUGAAGAGUGUGUGUGUGUGUGUGUGUGUGUGUGUGUGUGUGCGAGUGUCAGUGUGCGCGGUAGCCUUAAGCUGUGGGCAACGAGGCGAAAAACCGACAGUACGUCUGACAAGACGGAAACCUGGCGGAAUAAGAGGGACACAGAGUCUUACCAGCAGCGGUGGGAUCUGACGGAGGAGGCGACGGCGGAGUGUUUGGAAGAAGAGCCGAACCCCGUCCCGUCCUCUCACACCAGCCUCUCGGAGAAGGAAAGGGACACAGGAAAGCCCUUUCUUUUUGAGAACACACACACACACAUAGACAGACACACACACACACACACACGUUUCACCUAAACACACCCGCCCCCCUCUCCAGGACGCUCCUGUUGCACUAUGACUUCCACAGUCGAGCCGUACGUUGUCUGGGCCUCCACACUGCACUGCCAGCAUGGCCUCAAGAGUAGUGACCUACACUAGAGUAACCCGCCACUCGAACGGAGAUUACUAAUCUGUGUAAUAGACUAGACUGGGAGGCGGGCGGGGCGGCCGGUCGGGACACAGGUCCGAGUGUGUCCCCGCAGAUGUACAAACACACACACACACACACACACACUGUGUCUGUUUUUUGGGGGGGAAGUUUUAAAAAAAAACAAAAACAACCAACGACUGUUUGUUUUCGUUGAUGUCAGUUAAAGGAACAUUCCAAAAAGUGGACCAAAAAAGUGGCCGCCGGUAAACAACGCCUCUCAGGAUGAGAGGGUGUGUUCUAGUGUUUCUAGAUCUAGAGACAACACGGUACAGUAUCCUUGCUUCCUCUCUUAGCUCUAGCCUUCAGGUCAUACUGCAUGCUUCCUACUGCCCUGUGUUACAGUCAAACUCCUAUACAGGGUCAUAUGUGCACACACUUGCACACACACACACACACACACAUAUAUAUGCACAUACACACACACAUGCACAUACACAGUAGUCUAAGAUAGUAGUUUAGGGUGGGUGUGUGUGUGUGUCGAGGCUAUGGGAUAGCUUCUAUUUGUGCACUUUGUAGAUUUUAUACCCUGCCACCCAACACAGACGUUUGACCAAAAAACACUUUUAUACUGGCAGAUAUGAAUAUUCUCAGUCAUUCGCUGAAUCGAUGUUUUUCCUUUUUCUCUCUUAUUUUUUCUCUUUGACGUGAGGGGGGUAUUGAGGGGAACCGCGGAGGGCACCGUCCUGUGAGUCUCCAUCGUGCCAUCAGAAGUUUUACAGUGUUAGAUAAUGGGUACAGAUAAUACAGUAUACACAACACCGGCUAAAUCUCUCUCCUCUUUAAAAAGGAACAACCUUUACUGUGCUCAUCCUUCUUCCUUCACUAUUUAUUAAAUUUUUUUUUGCUUAGUUUCCUCUAUACUCCUUUGUCUUUUCUUUCUUUCUUUCUUUUGUUUUGCUCCUUCCCCCCCCGGCGUCUUUCUAUAGAGUAGAUUGAGUAUCAGAGAAGAGUCACGUUCAGUCGUGCUGUUUAAAUACGCAGCAUAUUGUUGGAAAUCACCUUAGUAUCACUUCCCCGUAAAGGAUCCCUCCGAUUCUACAGAAACGGCUCUCGUAGGAUACAGUACUUUUUUUAACUUUUUUUUUUUUUUUUUACUAAUGACUUUCCAUGUUGAACAAAAAAAAAAGAAAAGAAAAAGACCCCGAGACCCAUUUUAAAUGUUUCUGUGGAGAAUUUAGAGGCUGAGUGCAUCACUGUUGCAAUUUUUACUCAUCAAAUUAAUAUUCCUGGAUGAGUGCCAGGUUAACUGACGCUUGUUUCAGCAGCAGAGAGAGAGAGAGAGAGAGAGAGAGAGAGAGAGAGUCACGUGGCAACGCAGAGUUCACAAAGUGACUGCUUACAGAGGGAACACACACACACACACUCAACAAGCUGGCUAUAUGUGUAUGAGCGUUCUAGAAAUCCAUAAUCUACUCAGUAAGGGCAUUGAUUUUUGAGCACAAGGAGUUUGAUGGAAAGGGGACUUGAUAUCAUAUUAGCUGAGCAUCUGUCUCUAUUCUCUUUCUUUCUAUUCGCUGUUUUCUCUUUCACACACACACACACACACACACACGCGUACGCAUAUCUAUAUAUAUGGCUGCCAAGAAUGCAAGACAAGUGUGAAACAAUACCACAACAAGAAAACAUGCGCCGGUGAUGGACGGUGAUCGCUGCCCCUCUCUUGGUCAUCUCUUUACAGGUGUGGUGUGUGAGUUAUAUGCACAAUAUCAGGUUGCAAUAUUAUACUUCUGUACAGAGAAAAAAAUCUUUGUUUUAAAUGUUAGAAACUGAUUUUUGAUUUGUUUUGAUUUGAAUGGUAUUAAGUAUUGAAUUCAUUUUGGGGGAAAAACAACGUGGCUUUUUUUUUGAUUCUGCUUCUUUCAAAAAAAAAAACGAGAAAAAAAAACGACAGGCAUGUUUUUAGAUUCUUGUGUGACUUCGUUUUUUUUUUUUCUUUCUUUUCUUCUUCCUCUGGUGUGUUGUCGGUCGGGAGCUCACUGUACAGUCCUCACCGCUGAGUUAACCAGACCAGUUAACGAUCCCGAUCGGAUCCGCUCGCCGGCCACACGUCGCUGGCUCUCUCAUCUGAAUCACACUCAAUGAAUAAUGAUAGUCCAGCCGGUGUGGCUGAUACAAGCCCCCUCCCACCCACAGAGUUCUCUUCCACUACGAGUCUGUGCUGCAUCACCUCUGAGUGUGUGUGUGUGUGUGUGUGUGUGUGUGUGUGUGCGUGUGUGUGUGUGUGAGAGAGAGAGAGAGAGAGAGAGAGAGAGAGUGUGCGAGCAUGAGUUUUACCAUGCAGGCAUUUAUAUAAGACAGUGGAUGACAUGUGUGUUUAGAUGCUGUCUGCGGAGUGUGUGUGUGUGUGUGUGUGUGUGCGUGUACUUUUCUGGUCUCUCUUCCCUUCAUCCCACACAUAACAUUUGACCUGGCUCUUACUCAUGUAAAACACACACACACACACACACACACACACACACAUUGCGUCUGUACUGUUGUGGUUAAGACAGACGGAGUUUUGUAUUGUCCACCAUCACACAGAUUUUUACACCCAACCUUUGGUUAGAUUUUUUUUUUGUUGUUGAUUUUUUUGGGGGGGGGGAAAUUGCAUGACGUGCUCGUGUUUCUGGUGGUUCCUUUUUCUCGCUGCAACGCCUGAGUUCUCCCCCUGAGUUAUGACCCGCGGGGCUGCACGCACCAACGCUCCACCCUCCACCCUGGUCAGUGCACCAUGUCACACUCUCGGGGGCCCUGCACAAAUCUUAACCGCCGACCGCCAACGAGGAACACGUGGAAGAAAUGUUCCCAGGCUCAGCACAGUUCUUAUUUUGUCCCGAGUGCGCGCACACACACACACACACACACACACACACAGACCCCUGGGUGGAUGGUGUGCGUCGGUGGUUUAGUCCUCUGGGUCUCCCCGCUCUGUAUCUCACUUAUGUAUAAGUUCAGGGGUUUCUAAGCUACUAGUUGUGUUGUAAAUACUACCUUGUCACUCAGUACCUCUGUACAAUCUGUAAAUAAGUAAAGGUUACAUUUUUCUA